CGCCGACCUUGCUUUGACUUUGCCAAGCCAAAGCACGACGACGUCAGGGGAUACUCGAAAACUGUUCAGAGUUUUGUCAGUAACUACAGCGCUAAACAAAGUGGAUUAAAAUUGAAAAACGAUAAUAACGGUUUCCCUGUUAUAUGUAACAUUGUAUCAAAUUCAACGUGCUCAAAAUUCAAAGGCAUGGCACUAAACAAGCUCAGUAUCGAUAAAGUGGAUCUUACGGAUAAACGAGUUCUCAUACGCGUGGAUUUCAAUGUACCUUUGAAGGAAGGUAAAAUCACCAACAACCAGAGAAUUGUUGCUGCUCUGGACACGGUCAAAUAUGCUCUUGAAAAGAAAGCAAAAUCUGUUGUUUUAAUGUCACAUUUGGGACGUCCUGAUGGUAAACGGGAAACAAAGUACACUCUGAAGCCUGUUGCGGAAGAAUUAAAGUCUUUGCUUGGAAAGGAGAUUAUAUUCUUGAACGACUGUGUCGGACCAGAGGUGGAAACUGCGUGUGCCAAUCCAGCAUCUGGUUCUAUUAUCUUACUUGAAAAUUUAAGAUUUCACAUAGAAGAAGAGGGUAAAGGGGUAGGAGCAGAUGGAAGCAAAGUAAAAGCAGACAAAGAAAAGGUAGAGGAGUUUAGAAAAUCGUUGAGAAAAUUGGGAGACGUUUAUAUUAAUGAUGCCUUUGGUACAGCCCAUCGAGCUCAUAGUUCCAUGCUUGGUGAAGGAUAUGAAACGAGAGCAAGUGGUUUUCUUUUAAAAAAAGAGUUAGAAUAUUUUGCCAAAGCACUGGACAAUCCUGAAAGACCAUUUUUGGCUAUAUUAGGCGGUGCCAAAGUUGCAGAUAAAAUACAAUUGAUUAAUAACUUGCUGGACAAAGUUAAUGAGAUGAUUAUAGGUGGUGGAAUGGCAUAUACUUUCCUAAAGAUAUCGAAAAAUAUGAAGAUUGGUAAUUCAUUAUUUGACGAAGAAGGCGCAAAAAUUGUUAAUGAUAUAUUAUCGAAAGCUGAGAAAAAUAAAGUUCAAAUACAUUUGCCGAUUGAUUUCGUUACUGCAGACAAAUUUGCAGAAAAUGCAGCUGUUGGUGCAGCUGACGUAGAAAAUGGUAUACCUGAUGGCUGGAUGGGACUUGAUGUUGGACCAAAAUCAAGAGACUUAUUUAGUGAACCUAUCAAAAGAGCAAAGACAAUCGUAUGGAAUGGCCCGGCAGGUGUCUUUGAAUUUGAAAAUUUCAGUAAAGGCACAAAGAAUUUAAUGGACAAUGUUGUAGAAGCAACAUCACGAGGUGCUAUUACUAUAAUUGGUGGUGGUGAUACAGCCACGUGCGCUGCUAAAUGGAAAACUGAAGACAAAGUAAGCCACGUGAGCACCGGUGGUGGUGCAAGCUUAGAACUUCUUGAAGGAAAAGUUUUACCGGGAGUUGCGGCCCUUUCUUCGUUGUAAUUUCUAGUCCAUUUGAUGUCAUUUACAUCUUUAGAUUUUAGUUAGCAACCACACUUGAAAACAUGUUGAUUUUAUCUAAUUAUCAAAUUUUUAGCGUUAUAAAGUAAAAUAGAAUAUUUAUCGUUCCAUAUAGAUUACCUUUAUAAUUUAUACCGUAUCGGUAUAAUUUACGUAUAAAAAAUGUUUAUGUUACUCUUCUUUUCGUAUAUGAAAUAUGCGUAUAUCGAUAUUCCUGAAUAUAAAAAAACAUAAAAUGUAUCUACAAUCGAAUGAAAACAAUAAUAUUCUAGGAAAAUUGUUCCAACACUGUUAUUAAAAUUGUUAAAUUUAUCAUGUUAUCUUUUCGUGCGAUGAUUUUUCUAAUAAAAGCGGUAAACAAUAUUUAAUGAAAAUGUGGUAAUGUCAAAUCAUCUGAUUGCGAGAUUUAUACAAUGUGUAAUUGUAUGAAAUUGUAUAAAAUAUCGCUUUCAG